AUGGAGCAGCUCCGGGCCUGGCGGGGUCGCAUCGGGGCCGAGCUGGACGCGGCCGCCGCCUGGCUGCUGCUGGAGUUCGCGGGGCGCAGGGGGGACGCGGAUUUGGGGGCUCGGGCCGUGGCUGCGCUGGUGGAGGGACCCCUGAAAUGGGGCUGGGACCCCCAGCACGGGGGGCUCUUCUCCUUCCUCGACGCUGAUGGGCACUGCCCCACGCAGCUGGAGUGGUCCAUGAAGCUCUGGUGGCCCCACGCCGAGGCCAUGGUUGCCCUCCUGGCCGCCCAGCGCUUCCAGCCCCGGCCCAGUUUGGUCUCCCAGUUCCUCCAGUUGGCCCAGUUCACCUUCGACAAGGUCCGCGACCCCGAGCACGGCGAGUGGUUCGGGUACCUGAACCGCGACGGCUCCGUGGCGCUUUCCAUCAAGGGUGGACCCUACAAAGGUGGGUCUGGGGGCUCCGAUUCUUCAGGGGGAAGGAUUCCCUAA